GUGGACACAUUAACCCUGCUGUGACAUUUGGUAUGUUUCUGGCAAGGAAAUUGUCUCUAACCAGGGCAGUUUUCUACAUUGUGAUGCAAUGCCUUGGUGCAAUCUGUGGUGCUGGUGUUGUCAAAGGGUUCCAGCCAUCAUUGUAUCAGGUUAAGGGUGGAGGUGCCAAUGUUGUGAAUCAUGGUUACACCAAAGGAGAUGGCCUUGGUGCUGAGAUUGUUGGCACUUUUGUUCUUGUCUAUACAGUUUUUUCUGCUACUGAUGCCAAAAUAAAUGCAAGAGACACCCAUGUCCCUGUGACUACUUACUUGACUUCUCAUUUGUACUUUAGAUUUUACUGUUGA